UCAGUGCACUUCUCUAAAAUCAUGACCGAAGUUAACGAAGUGGAUAUAGUUUUCAAGAAAAAUAAAAUAAUACCCGAUGUUUUGACAAAAGCACCAGAACAAUUUUUAAAGGUGGCAUAUCCUGGCAAUCUGCAGGUAGAUAAGGGCAAUGAACUAACCCCGACUCAGGUUAAGAACGCCCCCACUGCUGAAUGGAAUGUAGAAGAUGCAGUUCUUUACACCCUGCUAAUGAUAGAUCCAGAUGCACCAAGCCGUAAAAAUCCAACAUUUCGAGAAUAUCAACAUUGGCUGGUGGUAAAUAUACCCGGCAGCGCCAUAGACAAGGGCGAUGUUCUAACAGCUUAUGUGGGAUCUGGUCCCCCCAAAGGCACUGGUUUACAUCGUUACAUAUUUUUACUUUACAAGCAAAUGGGAAAAUUGAAAUUCAGUGAAAAGCAUAUUCCCAAGAAUAGUGGAAAUGACCGUGGAAAAUUUUGUACCCAAACAUUUGUCAAGAAAUAUAAAUUGGGAGAGGCAUUAGCUGGAGACUUUUUUCAAGCCAAGUGGGAUGAAUAUGUGCCGACAGUUCAUAAGCAGUUAUCAGGAAAUUAAUAACCAAUGAAAUUAUGAGUAAUGAACAGUUACUCAUUGCAAAGAAAUAAUAAUAAAUUAAUCAAAAGGGCUUAUGUACAAUAA